UUUCAGACGUUAUUGGGCUCCAACUCCCAACCACUGGGCUGGGGCUCAUGGGAGUCAGAGUCCAAGAACCUGCUUGAACUACAACUCCCAUCAUCCCUGAUGGCUGGCCAUGCUGGCUGGGGCUGAUGGGAUUUGGAGUCCCUCCCCCCCCAAAAAAAACCCCCUGACCUAAGAAGAGGCAUUCCCCACUCUCAGGAGUCAAUGAAUGCCUCUUCCAAAUAGAGACCAUCCUCCAUCUCUCCUUUGCAGUAGGGAAUGCUGCUCCUAUAGUCGGGGUGAGGAACUUGUCAGCCUUCCAGAUGUAGCUGGACUCCAGCUCCCAUCAGGCCUGACCAUUUGGCUGUGCUGGCUGGGGGGCUGAUGGGAGCCUAGCAACAUCUGGAGGGCUGAAGGCUCGCCACCGUUUCAUCACAUGGUUUUUAAAGCUACAGUCUUCCCCGAUGUGUACGGGAGGUAAAACUGCAUAAGCAAUGAAUGUACGUAAUCACAGGGGGAUGGAUGAGGGCCUGGAAGCAGGGGUCUCCCCAGCCUCUCGGCUAACUUGUGCUCUCUGCCAAUCAACCCUGGUUUUGUUUAAUCAAGGUGUAACUGUAUCCCCUCCACCCUUCAGAUCGAAUUAAGCUUUAAAGGGGAAAGGGGGGCUUUUACAGUGUAUAUGUAUAUGAUGUAUAUACCUGUUUCAAUGACCAUGUGACAAGGGGAAGACUUUAGGGGCAAGAUUGCUCAGGAUUGCCAUGAUACAUAUGCCUGAAGGGAGAAUCCCACCGGGGUUCUAUUGAGCCCUCCCUUCCACACACAGACGCAGGUAAUGCGCCCACAAACCUGAAGCCCUUCAGGGCAUCACAUGCAGAUCCCUACUAGCCUGUGACUCCCUCUACCCAGACUCCUCCCACUCUUGAGCAUGAACAGCCUGUGAGGUUUGGGAUAGGGGCAAUGGGUGCAAAAACAGGGUCCUUUCAUCAGUCACCAGCCAGGCAUGUUGCUACGCAUUUAGUAUACUCAGCUGAGGGGCAGCACUGUGUGGGUAUGCAGGGACAAAUAAGAAUUCAAAGUGGGGAGGGAGCGGAAUCUCCUUCCAUACACACAGGGGAAGCCAAAGAUAUUGCACACUGCUACAACCCGGAAAUCAACAAUCUUUAGCAUGCUGGAAGUGGGAACAGUCUCCCUAGUAAGGGUGGGAGACCUGUGGACCCCCCCAAAUGUGUCUUGUGCAAGCUACCUAGAAGUUUUGUUUUGUUUUGAGCGGUAUAUACACAACUUCUAAAUAAGUGAAUGAAACAUAUCUGGAGAACCACUGGAUCCCCACCCCUGAUGAAACUGAACUCCUGAACCAUCUUCACACCUCUUCACUCCCUGUCUUUCUCUCUCACGGCAAGACUGUUCACUUAGAAAAGCUUUUUGUUUUUUUAAAGUCACUGUGAGUUUCGAACUUGCAUAAGGCUGUUGACCACGCCUUUGGCUUGAAGACAAUCAUACCUGUGUUUUAAACGUGGCGUUAUUAUUUUGGGGCCGUGAUACGCUGUUAUGUUAAGAGUCCUUUCGUGUUACAAAUCAAUCAUACCUGUGUUUUUAAAGUGGUAUUAUUAUUUCUGGAUCACAAUAUGCUGUUAUGUUAAGAUCCCUUUCUGGAUACAAAUGAGUCAUGUAUCUAUGGUGCUCUCAUGUUUCCUGCCUCGUAUGAUUUCUAAACUAUCAAUGCCUUUGUGGUGGUGGGGGGGAGAUGUGGGGGCACAAUGAAAGUAUUUGCACUUAUGGCACUGUUUACUCCAUGCAUGCACUGUGAUUUGUAUAUAUAGAUAUAGAUAUAGAUAUAGAUAUGUAUUUACCUCUUAUAUUGCUUGGGUUCAAAUAAUCAUCUGUCCUGUGUAUACGUGGUGGUGUCCUUAAUUUCAGUCCUGAUGGCCGCAUAGGGAUUUUUCACAGUUCUGCCAUGAACAAGGUGUUCGAAUAAUAAUAAUAAUAAUAAUAAUAAUAAUAAUAAUAAUAAUAAUAAUAUUUAUACCCCGCCCAUCUGGCUGAGUCUCCCCAGCCACUCUGAGAGGCUUCCAAUCAAGUGUUAAAAACAAUACAGCAUCAAAUAUUAAAAACUUCCCUAAACAGGGCUGCCUUCAGAUGUCUUUUAAAGAGAAGAUAGCUGCUUAUUUCCUUCACAUCUGAAGGGAGGGCGUUCCACAGGGCAGGUGCCACUACCGAGAAGACCCUCUGCCUAGUUCCCUGUAACCUCAUUUCUCGCAGUGAGGGAACCACCAGAAGGCCCUCAGUGCUGGAUCUCAGUGUCCGGGCUGAACGAUGGGGGUGGAGACACUUCUUCAGGUAUACAGGACCGAGGCCGUUUAGGGCUUUAAAGGUCAGCAGCAACACUUUGAAUUGUGCUUGGAAACGUACUGGGAGCCAAUGCAGAUCUCUAAUGCAGCAGAAGGCCCUUAAUGAGACCCAAAAGCCUCCCCCUAAAUCAUAACCUCCCCGCACCCCAUUAGCAAACAGUUGCUAAUGGCAGCAGCACCAUUAGGACCUUAAUUCAUGGCCCCACAGCCGGGGGAAUAACAGCGGGGGGGACACAGACCACAAACAAUAACCACAGACUUUCAGAUGGUGGAGGAAUGGCAGCGUGGCAGGAAACAAACACAGUGUUAUCACCUGACACGGGUAUAUCAGUGCUGAUGCCUGUUGCCAUGACAUGAGAGGGGCCAUAGGUCAGCGACAGAGCAUCUGCCUUGCAUGUGCAAAGUCCCAGUUCAAUCCCUGGCAUCUCCAGGUGGGGCUGGGAAGGACCCUCAGUCUGAAGCCCUGGAGAGCCACUGCUGGUCAGUGUAGACAAUCCUAAACCAGGUGAACCUGGGGUCUGACUCUGUAUAAAGGCAGUUUCCUAAAGUGGGAGUGAAGGAGCAGUAAACCUUGGCACAACACCUUGCUCCCUCCCAGGAAAGGGUUGGGGAACCUUUUGGAUGCCAAGGGCCACGUUCCCUUCUGAGCCAGGGGCAAAAGAAUUAGGAUAGUUUCUGCAUGCACACCUAUUAUUAUCCUCCGUCCAGGCACACUAGAGGCCAAGAAUGCACUCCAGCCAGGCAAAUACACUUGUGGAGGAUGUGAAGCAGGGCCACUGAAGGAUGUGGCCUUGGGAGAGAUCCAAGGGCCAGGUAGAGAGGCCUGGAGGGCCGCAUUCAGCCUCCAGGCUUGAGGUUCCCCACCCCGCCAGUGGUAAACCAUAACGAAUGGUUUGUUGCAAACACAAAGCCAGCUCCCUGCCAGCGAGCAAAAGCAACAAACCACAAGCCUUGGUUUAGUGUUGCCUCUGAACCAGGGACUGUGGUUUGUUUUACUCCCUUAGUCCUGUGGUGCAGCGCAGACCAGGCCCUGAGGCACAGGCAGAGGAAGGGUUGGCGUGUCAACAGCUGGGGGAGAGAGAGAGAGCAGGGGGUUCUCUAUGGGUGGCAUCGAGGCCCACCCCCAAACCUGGGACCAGUACCCAACCUUUCCCCAACAGCGGUUCCGAAAGUUGUUUGAUCCAAUGUAGGAAUGCAAAUAUCCAGAGUGUGGGGUCAGGUGGGAUUCUAUGAGGACUUAUAAAAUAUGCAUCAAGCCAUUGUGUCCACGAUGAAUGCAUUGGGUUUGAUACAUUGACAAUAAUUUCUGAUCAAAUCCCACAACCCUCUGCAUCUCUGGCCAUUUCCUCUACUGUUCCAUUUCUCUUUCUGACCAGUCACGUACACUGCCAGUUGCUUCACCAGGCAGGCAUCCUGGGUCAUCAAAGACAUUGGGCAGUUUCUUUGAUGUAGCUUUUCUGAUAUGUUAAUCCCAGGAUGUUAAUCUUAGGGCCAGGAAACAGGUUUCACAUGAAGGUGAUAAUGAUCGCUAUCUUCCUGGCCAUCCUUCUUAUCAUGUAUAUUGCUUGUUUAUCACCUCCCAGGGUUGCCAAAUGCACUCCUUUGUAGUUCUGUUUUAUUUACCCCAUGCUUAAUUAGUUUUGGUAGUUUAACUUUGUCCCCACGUGGGGUUUGUUGAAAUGCUCAGAAGAAAUCUGAUUGGUUCUUACGAACACUCUGUAAAAGUUCUUUUGUGAAUAAAACGACCUGGGCCGAGGGGUGGAGAGGGAGGCACAGAUUAUUAUACGCACCCUUCCCAGAGUCUUGCUGGUUCAAGCCUCUGUGUGUAUUCUUAUUAAUCAGAGUUCAAUCCUUCCUUUGCUUUGGGAACGCCUCAAUCCAAAAGCAAGGAAAGCCCAGCACCUGCUUGCAAAAAAUCAGGAACCUCUCAAGACUGUUUGAAUAAAUCCCUCGUGGCAGGGAGGGCCAGAUUGCAGAGGGGCCCAACUCAACAGAAUGCCGCAGAAGAUUUGGUUAGCACGGGUGGCUAACUAUGGCUUCUUCCACACCUACACUGCUCAUGCGGUGUGUACUUUGCUAAACAAAUUCUCUCAGGAUGCUUCCCACCUGCUGUAAAUUUUAUUGAACAAAACGUUUGGCUUUCCAAGGGGCUCCCCUGCCUCGUUCAAAGUUAGGCUGUCCACACGCAGACCAGUUUCAGAAACAGCCGAGAGACAUGUCUGUUUUCUUCCUGCUCAGCCUCGGUCUGGAUUGGGCCCGGGCCCAGAGCUAUCACUGCAUGUCUUCCCAGUUUAGAAGACCCGGAGACUACAUACUGGGCGGCUUGUUCCCUUUCACGGUGCUCACCUCCAACGUGACGGAACGGACCCUGCCUGACAUUUACAACUGUGAGAGGCUUUAUGCUGCCGGUCUGGUCUGGGCCCUUGGGAUGAAGAUUGCCAUUGAGGAGAUCAACAACUCCACCACGCUGCUGCCAGGGAUCCGCCUUGGCUAUGAUAUCUACGACACCUGCAUGGAACCGGUGGUCACCCUCCAGCCCAGCCUGCUCUUCCUGUCCAGAGCAGGCACAAACAGCAUCGGGAUCCUUUGCAACUACACAGACUACCAGACCCGGGUGACGGCUGUCAUCGGGCCUCACGACUCAAUGCUCUCUUCAGUGACAGCCAAACUGUUCGGCUUCUUCCUGAUCCCGCAGAUCAGCUAUGGAGCCACCAUGGAGGCCCUGAACAACGAGGAGCUGUAUCCCUCUUUCUUGCGGACUGUGCCCAGCGACAAGAGACAGCUGGAAGCCAUGGUCCAGCUCCUGCAGGCUUUCAAGUGGAAUUGGAUCGCGGUCAUUGGCAGCAACGAUGAAUAUGGCCGUGGAGGCCUCAGCCUUUUGUCGUCCAUGGUGGCCAGCAAACAGAUCUGCAUCGCCUUCGAGGGGCUGAUCCCAGCCGACGUGUCCAACCCGAGCCUCCAAGUGAAGAUGAGGCAGACGAUCCAGUCGAUCAACGAGUCCAAAGUCAACGUCAUCGUCCUCUUCGCCAGCGACCGGCCUGUCCGGGCUUUCUUCAAGCUGUGCUUGGAGCUGGAGCUGAGCCAGAAGGUGUGGUUGGCCACCGAAGCCUGGGUGAUGUCGGACGUGGUCACCUCUGUGGACAAGAUCCAAGCCGUUGGGACAGUCAUCGGCUUUGUCAUAAAGGGGGGGACAGUCCCUGGCUUUGAGGAGUACGUCUACAGACUUUUAGAGCUGACCCAAGAGGAUGGCUUCUGCAACACAUCCCAGGAGGAAGUGGACAAGAUGGACUCCGAUGUCCUGGGACCGCAAUGCUGGCAAUGCAACUACAUCUCUCGCCGAAACAUCACCGCGGUGCUCAAGCACCGGCAGACGUACGCUGUCUACACCGCAGUGUACAGUGUGGCUCACGCACUCCACAAUUUGUUGUGCUCCCAGAGAGGGAAGUGUCAUAAGGGUAACAUCAAAUCUUGGAAGCUGCUGGACAAACUGAAAGACGUCCAUUUCAACAUCUCCAACCAGCUGCACCAUUUCGAAGACUACGGCAGCAUCAACCUCGGCUAUGAGGUCAUUGGCUGGAGGUGGCAGGGCAGUGGGAUUGAGCACAUCACCCUCGGGAACUUCAACACAAAACUGAACAUCAAUACAUCCUUCGUCCAGUUUCACACAGAGGAUGGAAAGGCUCCCAUCUCUGAGUGCCUUACGACAUGUCAGGCUGGGCAGAUCCGUCGGAUGAAGGGUUUCCACCUCUGCUGCUAUGACUGCAUUGACUGCGAGAGGGGCACUUAUUGCAGUUCUCCAGAGGACACAACCUGCACCGCCUGCCCCAUGGAACAGUGGUCCCCUGGACGCAGCACACGGUGUUACGACCGCAGCGAAAAGUAUCUGUUCUGGUCCGAGCCUCUGGCCAUCAUCUUGGUAGCCUUGCUGAUAUUCGCGGUGACUCUCACCUGCCUCUCGGGGUCCCUGUUUCUGAGGAACCUCCACACCCCCGUGGUGCAGGCCGCCGGGGGAGCCAUGUGCCUCGUGGGCCUCCUCUGCCUGGCCCUGAUGUGCCUCAGCUGCGGCCUCUACAUCGGCAAGCCCAGCCCGACCGUCUGCCUGUUGCAGCAGCCCUCCUUCGCCUUGUGCCUCAACCCUUGCUUCUCCACCAUCACGGCCAAGGCCCUCCAGAUCAUGCUGGUGAACGACUUUGCAAGCAGCCGUCGCGGUUUCCUGCACAACCUGAUCCAGAGGCGGCCGUGGGCCAUUGUGGCCUUGUGCUUUCUGGGUGAAAGCGCCCUCUGCCUUGGGUACAUCUAUGUCAACCCGUCCACUCCGGGCAAGAACUACAAGCUCUUGGCCACCCAAGUCCUCAUCCAGUGCAGGAUCAAGUCCUGGGCUGCCUUCGCCAUCAUGCACGGGAACAACAGUCUCCUGGCCUUCACCUCGUUCCUUUGCACCUUCAUGGUGCAGACGUCUCCCAAGAAGUACAACAUCGCCCGCAGCAUCACCUUCGCCAUGCUCGCUUACUUCAUCGCCUUGAUCUUCUUCAUCCCCACCUACGCCACCGUGGGGCUAGAGUACCAGCCUGCCGUGCAGGUGAGUGCCAUGCUCAUGUGUGCUACAGGGCUGCUCGCGGCUUAUUACCUCCCCAAGUGCUACAUCCUGCGUUUCAAGCCGGACUGGAACACGGUGGACUAUUUCCAAGAUUACACCAAAGAGGCGACGCAGGAAAACGACCCCAAAAAUUAGGGGUCGUAGCCGAUGCUAGUCCUACCCACACAGGGAACACGCUGAAGUUAAGGGGCAUGGCUAACUUAGGCCUGGUCGUUUCAACGGGUCUACUUUGAGGAGGACUUGGUCAGAGACAACCCAAGCAGAAGUCUCUGAAGCAGGAAGGGGAGUCUCUCCUUUGAUGGGGUUAACAGCGCGACUUGUAUCGCUGCCCUAGUAUAGAAGCUUUUAUUGGUGUGUGUUUUUAUUUCGUUGGGUUGGACGUAGAUACAGAUUCGUCUUGAUGGGAUAGACUCGUUAGAGAGGCCUUGCAUUCUAGUCCUCCUGCUCAGGGUUGGCAAGCCAGAGUUAGAGAUGGGAAAGCAUCCACAAACAACAAAAAUGCCUCCUCUCCCCUUCUUAGCCCCAGGGGAUCAUUGCAGAACACUCAUGCAAUGUGGGACUGGAACCUAUAUACGUCUCACAGAGAUGGCUUACUCACAGUUGUCUCCAACCCUGUCCUAUUCUGCUCCACGAAUGGGAAGCUGCCUUAGCAUCUAUGCGUGGCAUUUCGUUAGAUUUGAAACAGAUUGCUUCAAACCCAACGAAAACGAUCUUUAAGGUAUACCUUUAACCUAGUGCCUUUACAUAAAGGAGUUGCCUGCUUCAGAUAGAUGCUGGCAAUGAAAUCUUCUUUUGAAGCAUAUAAUUUGGGCCUUGCUUAGUGGUGUCUUCUGUCUAGUUAGAAGUUAUUGUCCAUGUUGCAGGAAAAAGCCUCUUGAAUUAUAUCCCUGUAACGUGGAGACUAAUGGAUUGACAAUGGAGGUGGAGACCUUAUGGUGGCCAACAGAUUAAGGGUUGUCUCCAACAUUGGACUUACUCAGAGGGGACCCACUGAAAUCAAUGGGCACAGCAAACCUAGGUGCAUUAAUUUCAAUGGGUCUACUCUGAGUAAGACAUCAUUGGAAGUUGGUUUUUUUUUUUUUAAGAUUGCAAGGACAAACAUUCCUGCAUCCACUGCUCCGUGCUGAGGUCUCCCUACACGCAGCUUACAUUCGUCAAAUCUAGUUUAAGAUGUUUAUUUGGACAUGUGGACUGUCUUAUUGAUUUAUACAUUUAAACUGGGAUUGGUGGGAUAGUCUUACUGUUAAUGUCUGCUGGCAGUGUUUUUUACCUCUUUCUGUUACAUUUGCAAAUAAAAAACAUAUUUUAAAAAGAAGUUGUCUUUAU